UUGAUCCUGGCCAAACUAAAGUGCUCAGACAGACUCUCCAAGGCCGGCUGAUUCAUGAGACUAGUACUGCACCAGGCCAGCUAGGAAGGAACUCGCUUUGCUCGCCCCAAUAAAAGUUAAUUUCCUCUUGCUUCAAACACUAACAAGAUGGCUGAUCAGACUCUUGACAUCCUCCAUCCCUCAACAUCUCUGGAGUGGGAGGAAUGGCCCUCUCUACCAGUGAGGAUGAAUGAUGCCUCUUCAGUGUAUCUGAAUGGAACACUGUAUGUUGGAGGAGGGUCUGCUAGUGAAUCUGAUUGGGAAGCUGAUGCUUCACUGUACUCAUUUAAACCUGGAGUUGACAGCACAUGGACAGUGACAGAGACACCCACCUCUUACUAUACUCUUGUCGUCCAUGACUCUGAACUGCUACUGGUGGGUGGGUGUGAGUAUUUUACAGGAGCGAUAACAAACCAAAUAUUUACAAUGAGGGAUGGAGAGUUUGUUGAAGCACUGCCUCUUAUGAAAGAGAAACGAGAAUCACCCUCUGCUGUCAGUAGUGGGUCUGCACUAGUUGUGGCUGGGGGGUGGGACACCUCAGAAAAUCUCUCCUCUGUGGAAGUGUUCAAAGAUGGCAAAUGGACGACUGCUCCCUCCCUACCAAGUGCAGGGUCUGUUAUGCAGUCUGCUCUCCAUGGUGACCAGUGGUACCUGAUCCGUGAUCAGGGGGAAGUAUUUUGUGUGUCGCUUCUAUCACUCAUAUCUGGAGCUGACCCAUCGCCAUGGGAGACGCUACCUGAUGCUCCUAAUAGCUGCUCAGCUGCUUCCUUCUUUGGUGGCCGCCUUUUGUCCAUUGGAGGAGGGGGUCAUAGUAACUACACAACAGCCAUCUAUGCUUUCUCCACAUUCACCCAGUCCUGGGUACAUGUUGCUGACCUCCCUGUACUGGGUUUGCCAACAGCUCUUGUCCUGUUAAGUGAACAAUUGAUUGUGAGCAGUGGUGAUAGAAUACUUCGAGGAAAACUUAGUGUGACACCCUUUGAUGCUGACAGUCACUUCACUAUGAGAGUUAUUGAUUGCCUCAAGGCUUCAGCAGGAAUCUCUCUGAUAGAGGAGCUUGUACAACACACACCCACUGCCUUCCCUGCUGUUGCUGGUGUGGAUGUUCGGGCAAUGUAUGACCUCAUCUUGAGAGAGUGGGAGUCAGGACGUGGAUCACACCCACCCACAUGGACAGAGUUGUUCAGAUCUCUCAAGGAGAUGGGCUCGAAUGAGCUGGCGGGUCGAAUGGAGAAGUGUCUGAGAGGGUCGGUUCCCGAGGACCCACCUCGACUGAAGACUGAAGACGGUAGCUCGGAGGAGGAGAAAGAUGAUGAAACACCAGAGCAAGAAAUUCUCAGGUUAAACAAUGUGCUGGCUGAGUACAAUAGUGCUAAUACUCUACUGAAGAAGGAGAAUAUUCAAUUGAAGAAGGCGAACAACAACCUUGAGCAAGAGAUUGCUUCUUUAAAGGUGAAAAAAGAAAAACUGGACCCAGUCUCUAUCAAAGAGGAACCAACAUCUGGCAACGAUUAUCAGAAGCAUAUCAAACAGGAAACUAAAGCUGAUCCUGAUGUGAAAAGUGAAAAACCAGGCUCGCAGCUACUACCUUUGGGACUGUCUACUGUACAGCAUCAUGCAAUACCAUUCAACCUCCGUGGUGUUGACGUUGUCGCCAGCACUUGUGUGAUUGUCACCAACUUCCCCCAAACCUUCCACUGGGUUGGCUAUGGGUUCAAGCUCACCAUACCCCAGGGCUCCCUGCCAGCUGGUGUUGACCAGUGUCGACUAGACAUCAAGGCCAGUGUAGCGGGACUGUACCAGUUUCCUGACAAUCUCCAGUUGGUCAGUGGUGUCUUCUGGAUACGUCUUCUUCCCUUGUGUCAAUUCCGACAGCUACUGACAGUCGAGAUACAGCACUGUGCCAAGAUGACCAGCUCCACCAAGCUCUCAUUUGUGAGAGCAUGUUGCUCCCAGGAGAGUCUGCCCUACAAAUUCAAGCAGCUAGAAGGGUGUGGCUCGUUCACUGAGCACAUCUCGUACGGAUCACUAGAGCUAAACAAGUUCAGUGGACUGGCUGUAACAGGAGAAGAUGUAGAGAGAGUGUACACUGCCAGUCUAUAUUAUCAGCAAUGUGAUCCUCAAACACUAGAAAUUCAUUUUGUCAUCACACGGGAUUCUGAAACACACAUCACUGCAACUAAAGAGUAUUUUAAAGACCUGGGAGCAAAAGAGAAGUCACACAUGCAGGUAGAAUUCAAGAAACACAAAAUAACUCUGAGCGUCCCAAUGACUGGUGUGGUCAUUGGAGAGUGGAAUCUGAUACCAACCGUCUCUCCAUGCAUUAAUCAGAGUACAGUGGACUCGUUCAAACCUGGUAGAACGAUUAGAUCACGACGAUUGAAAGCUACCUUAACACGAGACUUUGGAGCAGAAGUCCCUGCUUGCUCCUACUUGGUCACCCUGAAGGGCGCUUGCAAACCAAAUCAAAUGCUGAUUGAAAUUGACUCAUACCAUCCCAGUAAAGGGCAACCUACUUCUGUUGUCUCAAUACCAGUGAACCAAGAUCCACCAAGUCAGGCUUUAGUAGCAUCUUCUGAUGUUUAUCUAUAUCCCACCUCGUAUCCGCUGCUCCAAUCAGUACCAGGAUUCUCUCGAGGAUACUCUUGGACCAGUGCUCUUCCACAAAUUCAUCAGGGAUAUGCACCAUACACACAAGCGUCGUAUCCGUGGUUGCAAGAUUGUGGUGAACUGGUGACCAUGAUUGGCCAAGAAUCAGGCACAAUCAGUGCAAUCGAGUGUCCAGUGCUGAAUAUGGACCAAUUGAUAUAUCGCGUAGGCGUCGACGAAGAUCUCCUAAAAAAAGAAUGUUCAGAGAAGAAUUUAAAAAAGAUAGCCCCUCUCCUUGCAAACUGGCUAAUGUACGCUAAAGCCUUGGAACUGACUCAGUCUCAAAUACAGGACAUAGAUGGUCAUAAACUAUUGAGCACCAACGAAAUGAAGACUUUGCUAGUGCUGGAGAAGUGGCAUCAGCUUCAUGCCUUCACUGCCACCUAUCAUCAUCUCAUUAAUGUGUGUCUAAGUUGUGGUCAUGCUACUGAAGCCACUGAGAUUUGCAGAAUUGUCAAAGAGGACUUCUCCUUACCACCCCCCAUUAUUGAUGAACACCGAGAAAGUUCCUCACAAGAAACAAGAGAAAAAGUGUGUCAUAGACUCAUAGAAAACACAUAAUUUAUUUUCAUCCAUCUCAUCACAUGCAGUUUGUACAAAAUAAUAAUUAUAGAAUUCCCCUC